GUGAUGGACGCAGCAUUCGGGCAGCUUAUUUAGGGUCUGCAAAUCUACAGGAUGGCCCCGAGUCCCCAGGAGUAAUCAGUUACGAGUGCUGUCCUGGAUAUGAGAAAGUUCCUGGAGAAAAAGGCUGCCCAGCUGCGCUGCCGCUCUCAAACAUCUAUGAAACCCUGGGAGUCGUUGGGUCUGCCACCACGCAGCUCUACUCCGACCGGUCUAACCUAAGGCCAGAAAUCGAAGGACCUGGAAGUUUUACAAUUUUUGCCCCGAGUAAUGAGGCCUGGGCGUCCUUGUCUGCUGAAACUCUGGAUUCCUUAGUCAGUAACGUUAACAUUGAGCUGCUCAACGCCCUCCGCUACCAUAUGGUGAACAAACGGGUCCUCACAGAUGAUCUGAAACAUGGGACCACGCUUAACUCAAUGUACCAGGACCUGCCUAUCCAGAUUCACCACUAUCCCAAUGGGAUUGUGACUGUGAACUGUGCCAGGCUGUUGAAAGCUGACCACCAUGCCACCAACGGGGUGGUUCAUGUCAUCGACAAAGUCAUCGCCACCACUACAAACAGCAUUCAGCACAUCAUCGAGACUGAGGAAAGCCUGGAAACUCUUCGGGCUGCUGUGGCUGCUUCUGACCUCAACAGCUUGCUGGAGAGCGAAGGCCAGUAUACUCUCUUGGCUCCAACCAACGAAGCCUUUGAGAAGAUCCCACGAGAAACACUGAACAGGAUCCUGGGGGACCCAGAAGCCCUGAGGGCCCGGCUGAACCACCACAUCCUGAAGUCAGCCAUGUGUGCUGAGGCCAUCAUUGCUGGCCUGACGAUGGAGACUCUGGAAGGAACCACCUUGGACGUGGGCUGCAGUGGGGAAGAGCUGACCCUCAAUGGGAAGCCCAUCAUCGCCAACAAGGAUGUCCUGGCUACCAACGGCGUCGUACAUUUUGUUAAUGAGCUGCUGAUCCCAGACUCAGCCAAGACGCUGUUUGAGUUGGCACAAGAAUCUGAAGUUUCCAAGUCUACGGACCUUUUCAGACAGGCUGGUCUCAGUUCUCAUCUAACUGGCAGUGAGCAAGUGACCCUCCUUGCCCCAGUGAAUGAGGUGUUCAAAGAUGGACUCCCCAUUGUUGACAGCAACAUGAAAAACUUGCUUCUGAACCACAUUGUUAGAGACCAGCUCUCCUCUAAAUAUCUUUACCAUGGGCAGAAACUACAGACUCUGGGUGACAAGGAACUGAGAGUUUUUGUGUACCGCAAUAACCUUUGCAUCGAAAACGCCUGCAUUGCUGCCCAUGACAAGAGAGGAAGGUUUGGGACCCUGUUUAGCAUGGACAAAAUGUUGACUCCACCGUCUGGCUCAGUGAUGGAUGUUCUCAAGGCAGACCAUCGCUUUAGUACGUUGGUGGCUGCAAUCCAGUCUGCAGGUCUAACGGAGAACCUGAACAGGCCAGGUACCUUCACUGUGUUUGCUCCAACAAACGAGGCUUUCCGAGCCAUGCCCCAAGGGGAACUGAACAAACUAAUGGGUAAUGCCAAGGAGCUUGCCAACAUCCUCAAGUUCCACGUGGCUGAUGAGAUCCUGGUGAGCGGCGCAGUCGGUGCCCUUGUGAGGCUGAAGUCCACGCAGGGAGAUAAAUUGGAAGUCAGCAUGAAAAACAACGUAAUACAUAUCAACAAGGAGCCUGUUGCUGAAAGCGAUAUCAUGGCCACGAAUGGUGUGAUUUAUGCCGUGAACUCUGUCUUACAGCCUCAGGCUUCAAGGCCGCAAGAAAGAGGUGAUGAGCCUGCAGAUCCCGCAUUAGAAAUCUUCAAACAGGCAUCUGCGUUAUCCAAGGUUUCUCAGAGAAAUCCUCGACUAGCACCCGUCUACUCCCGGCUACUGGCGAGGAUGAAGGAGAACUCGGGUAGAUUCUGAGCUGCGGCGUGAGCAGCUGCAGUCAGCGUCUCCACCCCAUCCGCUCCGGCUGACAGCUAAAGAGAAGGAGAGAAUUGUUUUUAAAAACCAAAUAUCACCCUUAAAUUUAUUUUUGUUUCCAAUGAAAUGGAUAGGAAAAAUGAAAGCCAUAUAAAUGUAUAUAUUUUAAGACCAUUUUUAUUUGGUUUUGACCUUAAAGUUCCCACACUGA